AUGGCGAUCCCGGGCCAGCGAGCGAGCGGGGCAGCGCGGGGCGGUCUCGAGUCUUCGGCCGGCGCAGGCGAGAAAGGAGGGAAAAAGAGGAAACUGGCGCCUCGCGUUUCUUCCGGAACUGCGGCUGAGGCCGGGAAGGAGUUGGAGAGGCUCGGGGGGGAAAACGGCGCGCAAAAGCGCGAAGCGCGGGCGGCAGGGGACUCCGCCGGACAGUCGAGACCGGAGUCGGUUGACGAAGCUAGCGACUGGCAUCGAGGUGUACGUACACCGCAGGAAGUGGAGGAUGGAGCACGACGGGGCGCCGGCGGCGUUUCUGCGUCUGUAAAUCAGGUGCAGCAACGCGUCAGCUCUCGGUUUUCCUCCAUGUCUUGUCUCUCGCCGCUGUCGCAGGCCUUCCUCGCUUCUCUGCGGUUCUCCUUCGCGACCCCUGUGCAAGAAGCGUGCAUCCCACUCCUCCUUUCAGGUGUACAUACACCUGGGGUCUCGGCGACCGGCUCGGCUGUGACGCUUUUGCAGCGCAAAGACCUGGCCGUCGAAGCUCCGACAGGAUCGGGCAAGACGCUCGCCUUUGUUCUGCCGGUCGUCGAGCGCCUCCUCCGCCGGUUGCGCAUCUGCGAACUUGCGCAAGUUUCGUCUUCGUCUUCCGCGUCUGGCGAUGACGCGCCAGAGUUCGUCUGGGACCGCGAGAGGCAGCGCCGAUUCGCCUUUGCGGCGCCCUCCUCUUCGCGGUCUUCCGAGACGCAGCCGCACCCGACAGGACCCCGCGAAGAGGACGUCGAAGGCGACUCGCAAGGGAAGGGCGAGACGUCGGAGCCUCGUGAACCUCAGCUCACCGCUUCGCCCUCCCCCGAAUACGCCGCGUUCCUCAGCCAAGUUCUGGAAUUUACACCGAGUUCCCCCGCCCCCGCGCCCUCCCCGUCGUCCGUGCCUCCCACUGACGCUUCGCCGUCCUCGCCUGACGCAGGCGACGGCCCGCGGAGCUGUCGAAUUGGGGCUGUUAUGCUGGCGCCGACGCGCGAGCUCGCGCGACAGAUUUUCAGUGUGGUCCGAAGCCACUUGCGCUUCAUCGAAGACACGGUGUUGCUUCGCGCCUCGCAUGCAGGUGGAGCCGUGGCGGCCGGUUCUGCGCAGAAAUCCCGGAAGUCGCGGAAGCGUCGACGGGUUCUUCCUCAGGAGGACAAAGAGACGGAACCCAACGCGGAGGAAGAAAACGCCGACACCGCUUCUUCCCCGCCGCCUCCGUCCAACCGAAACGCGACUCCGGUCCUCGCCGAGAGCGCGCCCGCCCCGUCGCUUUCUCAGUCUUUCUGUCUUCAAAGCAUCCUCGUGACUGGCGGCGCAAGGCCCCUGGAGGGCGACCUGCGCGCUCUCGAACAACGCGCCAGCCUCCGCGCGCUGUUUGUGCUCGUGGCAACUCCAGGCCGCCUGUCGCGCCUGGUCGAAACCGAGCGAGAAAACAGCCAAACCCUGCACUGGUCCUUUGAGGCGCUGGACCUCGUCGUAGUGGACGAGGCGGACCGGCUGAUGGACGAGCAGCACACCGACGACUUGCGGAACUUGCUGAGAUACUUUCGCGAGAAGAAGGCGAGCGCGCAGCAGGAGAAGCGCCGCGAUGGCGCCCACGCGCCAGGCCUCAGUUUCCAAGUCGCCGUCUUCUCGGCCACGCUGGCGGGAGCGAUGCAGGAACAGAGUAAAACGAAGGCGCUCUGGGGCGUGGUGAAGGAACCGAUCUGCGUUCGGGUGGGAACGCCGCUUGCCACGGCGCCGCCCGCAGGGGAUGCGAAAGAAGAAAAAAGUUCAGUUCAGCACGACGUGCCCAGCACCUUGAGCAACUUCUACGCGAUCUGCAACUACGACGACAAACUGCCUUUCCUCGUCGACUUCAUCCAAACGCAAAUCAUUCCGAAAGGGGCGAGCUGUAUCGUCUUCCUGCUCACUUGCCACUGCGUCGAAUACUUUUACGGCCUCCUGCACGCCCUCCUUCGCGGCGCCUCUUCGUCUCCUCCGCCCAUGCAACUGGGCAAGCUGCAUGGGCGGAUGAAGCAGCGAGCGCGUCUGGCUGCAUGCAAGCGCUUUUCAGCACACGCUGCCAGGCGCGAGGCGAAAGUUCUCCUGGCCACAGACAUCGCCGCCCGUGGCCUCGACUUUCCCCACGUGGACUGGACGCUUCAACUCGACCCCCCGCAGAACCCCGACGUGUUCGUACACCGCAUCGGACGAGCAGCGCGCGCGGGGCGCUCGGGCAGCGCUCUUCUCCUUCUUCUUCCUCAGGAGGACGCGUACAUUCCUUUUCUCAAAAACCGCGGAAUUUCGAUUGCUCCCUUCGACGCCAUGCAAGCAGGCGGAAAGGAGACGAUAAAGUGUCAGGUCAACGAGGCGGCCAAGAAUGAAGUUCUCCAGGAUCGUGCACUCGUCCUGAAAGGAUCCAAGGCCUUCGUCUCCUUUGUCCGCGCCUACAAGGAGCAUCAACUCUCCUUCCUUCUCCCCUUUCAGAAACUCGACAUUGGACGGCUGGCGACGGCCUUCUCGCUGCUGAGACUUCCGCGGAUGAAGGAGAUUGUCGGUCGGUGCAUUUCCAACUUUGUGCAAAGCGAGGUGGAUCCGCUGACGAUUCCUUUUCGCUUCGACGCCGCCCGCGAGGCCGAGCGCGUCGCGGGCCAUGCUGACGCGCUGGAAAUGCGCGAAAAACGCCGAGCGGAAAAGGAGCGUAGACGCGACAACGCAAAGAAAAAACAAAUCGAAAAAGAGGCGAGACCCGACAUCCGCAACCAGGCCCGCACCAAAGCCGAAAAACGAAAAGCAAAACGGCGGAAUGCUUUAGAGGAGUGGGAAGAACUCGCCUUCGAAGAACGCAUGGCCCGCAAACUGAGGAAGGGGAAAAUCUCGGAAGUUCAAUAUGAAAGGGAACUGAAAAAGCGAGGGGAGCAGUUCGCCGAGGACCUCGACUCGGACCUCUCUGGAGACGACUCCGAACCGGGCGCGCCCUCAGACAGGGGAAGCGCCGCAGGAGAUCGGCAGCCGGGGUGUACGUACACCGGAAAGGCUUCGAAGCGCGCGUCCGUUGAUUCGACGCUGAGCGACGGAAGCGCCGACGCCUCCGAUCUCAGUGGCUCUGACGAGUCCGGGGAAUCUGGUGAGAGUGGAGAGAGCGGAAGCGAAGGCUGUGACGAUGAGGCAAUCGCGGUUGCGAAAAAAACUCGAGGGCAAGCGGGCCAGCGAGGAGGCGGAGCGCCACACCCCAAAAAGCAGCCGAAGUGGAUUGGAACUCGAGGCCGGAAAACCAAAAAGAAGAAAUGGGGACGACGCAAAUAG